CGAAAGAAUUCAUCUAAAAAAAACGAAAGUGAUGAAGAUGAGAUUAGGCAGGGCCUGUACAAUUUACGAAGCUCUGGAGAUAAAAGCUUCAUCCUCUAAAAAUGCAUUUUGUCUGUUAGCCUAAAGUAGUGGCGCCACUGCUGACCACUGAAGCGAUACGUGUUAGCAAAUGGUGGGAAGAUCGGUAUUAUAACAUUUAACAAUCGAAUCGCCAUUCAUCCCAUGCUUCCCAAUCCACCAUAAAGCAACACGCAACAAUUCAUAGCAUCGCGGUGAUCUCUCUGCUGCUGAUCCUUCGACAUGCAUUGUUCACCGGGAAACACGCCCAAAUCUCUCCACGUCUCUCCAUUGAACAAUCAAUUUUAAGAUAGAUGCAACUAUGAAAUUUGGGAAAGAAUUCAAGAAACAAAAGGUGUCGGAGUGGACAGAGGCAUAUGUCGACUACAACGGACUCAAACACAUAUUACAUGGGAUUCGCAGUUUUAGGCAGAACAAUCCAAAUCUAGCAAGAGCUUCUUCGAAAAGAUUAUCACUCAAGAACUUCAACAGUUCGAGUCUACAUGAAAGCAAUAUCGACAACCAUGAUGAUAUUGAGAACCAAGUAAUAGUUGUUCAUACUGUGCAUCAAGAGAAUUCCAGAAAGUUGUAUAACACCAGAUUGAUUGUGUCACCUACAGAAGGAGAAGGUAAUGAGAGAAUUUUUUUCAAAAAACUCGAUGAUGAGCUCAACAUGACGAACAACUUUUAUAAGGAUAAGGUGGAAGAAAUGAUCAGGGAAGCUGCUUUACUAAAGAAACAAAUGGAGACAUUGGUUGCGCUAAGGAUCAAAGUAACGAAUCCUAGCUCUCAUGGAUUGGUUUCACUGAAGUCCGUUUCUACGGAGAUCAACAAUUUGGAGCCAUCAAAGAUUAUACCUCCAGGAAAAGCUGAGAUUUUUGGUCGGUGAUACAACCAGCGAAAUAGAUGAAUCACUUUCAGUAUUCAUCUCCCUAUUUCUUUGUGGUCACUUGAUCUUAGUUAUACACCACUUUUUGCUUCAGCUGCUUUAGUUGUAUGAACAAAAUAAAAUCGAUUGAUAAAAAUAGUCAGGUGAUUAGGCUAAUCUAAUAACUACGCAUAGACGAUAUCUUCAUUAAGUGUUUGCAUUCUAGAAAUCAUGCUACUUCUCAUGUGUAAUGUGAAAUAGUAAAUAUAUUGACUUGUUAUGCACCAUCAUUCUGACAUUUCUAGGGAAGCCUAUUGUUUCUAAUCAGUCCUUUAUCAUGUGGUUAAUUUGUUCACUUUUAUUCUUUACGGUAAAUAUCAUUCUAUAAUGAUGCAUUUCAGUUUAUAUAUGCAGGGCAAGUGGAUAGGAAGGCGGGAGUUGAAAUGAGUUGUAGAAGUCAGCAACAGCCUGGCUCUUCUGGUGGUGAUGCAGUGUGGACUUGAGUUUUCAAGAGCGGCACUCUGAUAGUCAUCCUGUGGUUGAUGUCCUUCAUAGAAAUAAUUCAACAAAUGGGGAAAUCACAGAUGAAUAUGAAACGUCUAAUUUAGAAAUUCUUGAUCGCAUAAAGAUUUCCAAUACAUACGAUAGUCCAAUGUCGACUAUUAGAGGAGUCUUCACUGACACCAGAGAAAAAGGUCUGAGUUACAACAAGGAAGAACUGAAGGAAGUCGAAGAAAGAUUGAAGAUUGCAUUUAUUGAGUUUUAUCAAAAGCUUUGUCUUCUAAAGCAUUACAGUUUCAUGAACAUGUGCGCCUUUUCGAAGAUUCUCAAGAAAUAUGAUAAGAUAACGUCAAGGUUUGUUGCAAGAUCAUACAUGAAAAUCGUGGAUGACUCUUAUAUUGGAAGCUCUGAUGAGGUCACAAAUCUCAUGGAAAGAGUUGAGGCAGUCUUCAUUAAGAAUUUCUUGAACUCCAACCGUCAGGAAGGAAUGAAACUACUUAGGCCUAUUCGGAAGAUAGAGAGGCAUCGGAUAACUUUUUGUUCCGGUUUCUUUUCUGGUUGUACAGUCGCCCUGAUAGUUGCUGUUAUUCUACUUAUCGAAGAUAGAAAACUGAUGCAGAUAAAGAGUGCAACCUUAUACAUAGAAAUUAUCUUCCCUCUCUACGGCUUCUUUACGUUUACAGUGCUCCACAUGCUUGUAUAUGCUGCAAACAUGUAUUUUUGGAGGCGUUACAAAAUCAACUAUCCGUUCAUAUUUGGGUUUAGGCAGGGGACGGAGUUAGGCUACCGAGAAGUGUUUCUACUUAGCAGUGUUCUUGGCGUGAUGGCUCUUGCUACUUUCCUAGUACACAUGCACAUAAAGAUGGACUCAGAAACUCAACAUUACGAAACAUAUAUUGAACUUCUCCCAUUGGGCUUAAUCAUUGUUGUUCUAGCAAUUACAUUUUGCCCCUUCAAUUUCAUGUAUCGUUCAAGUCGUUUCUACCUGAUAAAGUGUGUGUUUCGUUGUGUUUGUGCUCCUCUUUAUAAGGUUACACUCCCCGACUUUUUCUUGGCAGACCAACUCACUAGCCAGGUACAGGCUAUAAGGAACUUUGAGUAUUACAUAUGUUUCUACGGUGGUAGACAAUUAACUCGGAGGUUGAAAAGAUGCAGCAACAAUGAAGUCUAUAAUGUUUUCUAUUUUGUCCUUGCAGUUGUACCAUAUUGGUUUCGCUUUCUUCAGUGUGUGCGGAGGUUGUUUGAAGAGAGAGAUUCUGUUCAUGGAUACAAUGGUCUGAGGUAUUUCACGACGAUUGUUGCUGUUGUAAUUAGGACAGCGUUUGAAUUCAGAAAGAAAAUAGCAUGGAAAGUGUUGGCCUUGUUGAGCUCGGCAGUUGCUGCUAUAGCCAACACAUACUGGGAUAUUGUUGUCGACUGGGGGCUUCUGCAGAGGCGGUCGAAGAACCUGUUCCUGAGAGAUAAACUCAUAGUCCCACAUAAAAACGUCUACUUCGUGGCUAUGGUUUUGGAUAUUCUUCUCAGAUUUGCUUGGCUGCAACUUGUCUUGAUUCUAGAUGUGCAUUCGCUACAUGGGAAGACAGUGUCGACAAUAUUUUCUUGCCUAGAAAUUCUUCGACGCGGGUUGUGGAACUUCUUCAGGUUGGAGAAUGAGCACUUGAAUAAUGUAGGGAAAUUCCGAGCAUUCAAGUCAGUGCCACUCCCUUUUACUUACUAUGAAGACAAGGAUGAUAAUGAUGGCAACGAAAGAGAUGAAAAAGACGAAUAGAGUUUACCUACAAAGAAUUUUGAACACCUCUUCCUUUUCUUUUUUUUCUGCGGUUUAGAUUGUUGUAUAACCAGAAUAUGAUGAGUUCCUCCUGAAAGAGUUUUCUAAUAAAAUGCACUUGUUUAAUACA